AUGGAGGGCGCAUUCACGCACAUGGGCAACCACCUGGUAUCCGACUCUGCGGCGACCAUCAAUGCUGGCGCCGGCGACGACGAGAGCAUCCUGGACCAUGGCCUGACGGGCUCACGCCGACGCCGCAUUGGCGAGGAAGAUGACGAGACGGAUAUUUACGACGACGACGACAUGGAGAGCAUGGCGAGCAUGCCAGUGGGCGGCGCCAACGGCAAGCCUGCGAUGCGGGCUGAGGAAGAGGUCGAACUCCCCGCACACGCGUGCGCAUACUGCGGCAUCCACAACGCCGGCAGCGUCGUCAAGUGCCUGGCCUGCACCAAGUGGUUCUGCAGCGCCCGCGGAAACUCGUCGUCUUCGCACAUCAUCAACCAUCUCGUCCGCGCCCGCCACAAGGAAGUCCAGCUGCACCCCGCCUCGUCGCUCGGCGACACCACGCUGGAAUGCUACAACUGCGGCACCAAGAAUGUCUUCCUCCUCGGCUUCAUCCCCGCCAAGUCUGACACGGUCGUCGUGCUGCUGUGUCGCCAGCCGUGCGCCUCGAUGCCCUCGCAGAAGGAUAUGAACUGGGACACGUCCCGCUGGCAGCCGCUGAUCGAGGACCGCUCCUUCCUGCCCUGGCUCGUGCCUGCCCCGACCGACCAAGAACAGCUCCGCGCCCGCCACCUCAGCCCCCAGACCAUCGCGAAGCUCGAAGAGCUGUGGAAGGACAAUGCAAAUGCCACAAUCGCCGAUCUUGAGAAAGGUGCUGGUCAAGAGGAGGUCAUUGCAAAGGUUCUGCUGCGCUAUGACGAUGCUUUCCAGUACCAGAACGUAUUUGGUCCUCUGGUUAAGAUCGAGGCCGACUACGACCGCAAGCUGAAGGAGUCGCAAUCGCAGGACAACCUGGUCGUGCGUUGGGACAUGGCCCUGAACAACAAGCACACGGCAAGCUUCAUUCUUCCUAAGCUGGAGUUGGGCGACGUCAAGCUUGCGGUGGGCGACGAGAUGCGCCUGCGCUAUACCGGAGAGCUUCGCCCCCACUGGGAGGGUGUCGGCUAUGUCAUCAAAAUUCCCAACAAUCAGUCCGACGAGGUCACGAUAGAAUUGCGUACCAAGGGCGAUCACAAGUCUGUGCCCACCGAAUGCACCCACAACUUCAGCGCCGACUACGUCUGGAAGGCUACUUCUUUCGACCGCAUGCAGCACGCCAUGAAAACUUUUGCCAUCGACGAGAUGAGUGUUUCCGGAUACAUCUUCCACCGCCUGCUCGGUCACGAGGUCGCGUCUGCGCCCAUGAAGAUCCAGAUUCCCCGCAAGUUUAGUGUUCCUGGUCUUCCCGAGCUCAACGGCAGUCAGAUCAAUGCUGUGAAGAGUGUCUUGCAAAAGCCCCUUAGCUUGAUCCAAGGACCCCCAGGCACGGGAAAGACGGUCACUUCUGCCACCAUCAUCUACCACUUGUGCAAAAUUAGCGCCAGCCAGGUCCUCGUCUGUGCACCAUCCAACGUCGCGGUCGACCAGUUGUGCGAACGUAUUCAUCUUACUGGGUUGAAGACGGUUCGUGUCACUGCCAAAUCGAGGGAAGAUGUCGAGUCGCCAGUUGGCUUCCUGUCGCUCCAUGAGCAAGUCCGCAUGAACGAUACCAACGUCGAGCUCAACAAGCUGAAUCAGCUCAAGAGCGAUGUUGGCGAGCUGUCCAGUCAGGACGAGAAGAAGUUCAAGCAGCUUACCCGCGCAGCCGAGCGCGAGAUUCUCAACGCAGCCGAUGUCAUUUGCUGCACCUGCGUUGGAGCGGGCGACCCUCGACUUUCCAAGAUGAAGUUCCGCACAGUUCUGAUCGACGAGUCUACUCAGUCUGCCGAACCCGAGUGCAUGAUUCCUCUCGUCCUUGGUUGCAAGCAGGUCGUCCUGGUUGGUGACCACCAGCAGUUGGGACCUGUCAUCAUGAACAAGAAGGCUGCUACAGCUGGUCUUAACCAGUCUCUUUUCGAGCGCCUGGUCAUUCUUGGGUGCUCGCCGAUUCGACUUCAAGUGCAGUACCGCAUGCAUCCCUGUCUGUCCGAAUUCCCAUCGAACAUGUUCUACGAGGGGUCCCUUCAGAACGGUGUCACGAUGCAAGAGCGUAUCCGCCGUGAUGUUGAUUUCCCAUGGCCAGUCGCCGACAGCCCGAUGAUGUUCUGGUCGAACCUCGGCGCUGAGGAGAUCUCAGCCUCCGGUACGUCAUACCUCAACCGUACUGAAGCGCAGAAUGUCGAGAAGAUUGUCACUCGAUUCUUCAAGGCAGGUGUGCAGCCAGGCGAUAUUGGUAUCAUCACACCAUACGAAGGCCAGCGCAGCUACGUCGUCAGCUCCAUGCAGGCUACUGGGAGCUUCAAGAAGGAGAACUACAAAGACGUCGAGGUAGCUUCAGUCGACGCUUUCCAAGGUCGUGAGAAGGACUUUAUUAUCCUGUCUUGCGUGCGUUCCAAUGACCACCAGGGCAUUGGUUUCUUGAGCGACCCUCGUCGUCUCAACGUCGCUCUCACGCGUGCCAAAUACGGUCUCGUUAUUCUCGGCAAUCCGAAAGUACUCUCAAAGCAUCCGCUCUGGCACUACCUCCUACUCCAUUUCAAGGAGCGCAAUUGUCUUGUAGAGGGACCCUUGACCAACUUGCAGGUUUCCCUGCUCCAGUUCAGUCGUCCAAAGCAGACCUAUCGUGGACCUCAGCGUUAUCAGAUGGCUUACCAGCACGCAAAUGCGAUGACUUCUGGUCGCCAAGGCAGCUGGAGCGGGAACAAGCCCACACGUCAGGAGUACAAUGACAACGGUUCGAUAGUUGGUUACAUCCCAGACGAUGUAUCCUCGGUCCAUUCGUCCGCCCUUGGCGGCGUUGGUGUUCCGUCCAACUACCCUCCUAUGUUCUCCAACUUCCAGGAGUCAUGGCCGCUACCUGGUCGCCCUGGAUCUGGCGCCAAGGGCCGAAAUGGUGCACCUGCCAGUGUGGCUGGCGAGUCUGUUGCGGCCAGUGAGCUGACCGACUCUCGCAGCGACGCUCCAGGCGGUAUCAGUCUCUCGGGACUUAGUUUGAAUGACUAUAACAAGCCCACAUCGCUAAGCCAGUCUGACCGCCUCAACCGUUUCGUUGAAUCAACUCGCCAAGGCCCGGCUCUGGGUGCUGGAUUCGGUGCCGGUCGUGGCGGUCUACGCAAUGGCCUAGGUGGCUUCGACGAUGACGAUGCGCGGAGUGUUUCCACAGCUUUUGCUAGUCAGAUUGGUGGUUGA